CCGCUGGGCCACGCCCCCGCCGCGGGACGUCACGCGCGCGCCGCUCGGCGCCAGUCGGGUCUGCCCAGCUCGUGCGUCGGUGCUGCUCGCUCGGCCCCUCGGCUGCCCUGCUGCCUCUGUGCCUGGGAGCGGAGUGGCUGCAACCCCGGCGGCCUUGAGGAGGCCAGCUGCGCGAGGCCGAGGACGCGAGGGCGGGCGCACCGCUGUCUGCACAUCCUCGGCGCGGCGCAGGGGUUAAUGCUUCAUCUGGGGAGAUUUGUGCUUUUCUCCCGGGAAUUGCUUCAUCAUGCGAAAUCUAAAGUUACUUCAGACCCUGGAGUUCAGGGAUAUUCAAGCUCCAGGGAAACCUCAGUGCUUCUGUCUGCGACCUGAACUGGGGACAGUGCUGAUUGGGUCAGAACAUGGGCUGGUAGAGAUAGACCCUGUCACAAGAGAGGUGAAAAAUGAAAUUCCGUUGGUGGCAGAAGGCUUUCUCCCGGAGGAUAAAAGUGGCUGUAUCGUUGGGAUUCAGGACCUGCUGGAUCAGGAGUCGGUGUGUGUGGCCACCGCCUCUGGGGACGUCAUUCUGUGCAAUCUCAGCACACACCAGCUGGAAUGUGUUGGGAGUGUUGCCAGUGGCAUCUCUGUCAUGAGCUGGAGUCCUGACCAAGAGCUGGUGCUGCUUGCCACAGGUCAGCAGACCCUGAUUAUGAUGACAAAAGACUUUGAGCCAAUCCUGGAGCAGCAGAUCCACCAGGAUGAUUUUGGUGAAGGCAAGUUUGUCACUGUUGGAUGGGGCAAGAAGGAGACUCAGUUCCAAGGAUCUGAAGGCAGGCAAGCAGCCUUUCAGAUACAAAUGCCUGAGUCAGCUUUGCCCUGGGAUGACCGUAGACCACGGGUUACCUGGCGUGGGGAUGGACAGUUUUUUGCUGUGAGUGUUGUUUGCCCAGACACAGGGGCCCGGAAGGUUCGAGUGUGGAACCGAGAGUUUGCCUUGCAGUCCACCAGUGAGCCCGUGGCAGGACUAGGACCAUCCCUGGCUUGGAAACCCUCAGGCAGUUUGAUCGCAUCUACACAGGAUAAACCAAACCAACAGGAUGUUGUGUUUUUUGAGAAGAAUGGACUUCUUCAUGGACAGUUCACACUUCCUUUCAUCAAAGAUGAAGUUAAGGUGAAUGAGUUGCUCUGGAAUGCAGAUUCCUCUGUGCUUGCUGUUUGGCUGGAAGACCUUCCCAGGGAAGAAGAUUCUGUCCUGCGGACCUACAUUCAACUCUGGACCGUUGGAAACUAUCACUGGUACCUCAAGCAAAGUCUGCCCUUCAGCACCAGCGGGAAAAGCGGGAUUGUCUCUCUAAUGUGGGACCCAGUGACCCCAUACAAGCUGCAUGUCCUCCGUCAGGGCUGGCAUUACCUCUGCUAUGACUGGCACUGGACGACUGACCGGAGUUCAGGAGAUAACGCGAGUGACUUGGCAAAUGUGGCCGUCAUUGAUGGAUACAGGCUGUUGGUGACAGUCUUUCAGCAGACUGUGGUUCCACCUCCCAUGUACACAUACCGACUGUUGCUCCCACAUCCUGUGAAUCAAGUCUCGUUCUGUGCACUGCCCCAAAAGAGUAACGACCUCGCUGUCCUGGAUGCCAGUAACCAGAUUUCUGUAUAUAAAUGUGGUGAUAGUCCAAGUGUGGACCCCACAGUGAAACUGGGAGCUGUGGGUGGAAAUGGAUUUAAAGUCUGCCUUAGAAUACCUCAUCUGGAAAAAAGAUACAAAAUUGGGUUUGAGGAUAAUGAAGAUCAGGAAACAAACCCACUGAAGCUCAGCCUUCUCACCUGGAUUGAAGAAGACCUUUUCCUGGCCGUCUGCCACCGCCAGUGCAACCCGCAGCAGUCUGUCAUCCACCAUUUGCUUGUGGCCCCUUGUGAGGAGGGCGCAGAGGAAGGACGGCUCAGUGUCAGUGCGUCUGUUGCUGUGGACGGGGUCGUGAUCAGCAUGUGUUGCAGUUCCAGGACCAGAUCAGUAGCAGUGCAGCUGGCUGAUGGCCGGGUACUUCAGCACCUUUGGGAUUCACCUUCUCUUGCUGUUGAGCCAUGGAGGAACCCUGGUGGAUUUCCUGUUCGAUUUCCUUAUCCAUGCACACAGUGUGAACUGGCCAUGAUUGGAGGGGAGGAAUGCGUGCUUGGUCUGACUGACAGGUGUCGCUUUUUCAUCAAUGACAUUGAGGUUGCGUCAAACAUCACCUCCUUUGCGGUUUACGAUGAGUUUUUGUUGUUGACAACUCAUUCCCACACCUGCCAGUGUUAUUGCCUGAGGGAUGCCUCAAUUAAAACAUUACAGGCGGGUCUAAGUGGCAGCCUUGUAUCUAAUGGAGAGAUUCUGCGGAAGGUGGAAAGAGGUUCACGAAUUGUCACCGUUGUGCCCCAGGACACAAAGCUCAUAUUACAGAUGCCAAGGGGAAACUUAGAAGUUGUUCAUCAUCGAGCCCUGGUUCUAGCUCAGAUUCGCAAGUGGUUGGACAAACUUAUGUUUAAAGAAGCAUUUGAAUGUAUGAGAAAACUAAGAAUUAAUCUCAAUCUGAUUCAUGAUCAUAAUCCUGAGGUAUUUCUUCAAAAUGUGGAAACUUUCAUAAGACAGAUAGAUUGUGUCAAUCAUAUCAAUUUGUUUUUCACAGAAUUGAAGGAGGAAGACGUCACCAAGACCAUGUAUCCUCCGCCAGUUCCCAGCAGUGGCCAGCUGUCCAGAGAUCUUGGCGGGAAAAAGCUUGACCUUAUCUGCGAUGCCCUGAGGGCAGCUAUGGAGAGCAUAAAUCCUCACAAGUACUGCCUGCCAAUACUCACAUCCCAUGUGAAGAAAACCACUCCAGAGUUGGAGACCGUGCUACAGAAGGUACACGAGCUCCAAGCAAAUGCUCCAUCUGGCCCUGAUGCUGUGAGUGCUGAAGAGGCCCUGAAGUAUCUGCUGCUUCUGGUGGAUGUUAAUGAACUCUAUGAUCAGUCUCUGGGGACCUAUGACUUCGACCUGGUCCUCAUGGUGGCUGAGAAGUCCCAGAAGGAUCCAAAAGAAUAUCUUCCAUUUCUUAAUACACUUAAAAAAAUGGAAACUAAUUAUCAGCGGUUCACUAUAGACAAAUACUUGAAACGAUAUGAAAAAGCCAUUGGCCACCUCAGCAAAUGUGGUCCUGAGUACUUCCCAGAAUGCUUGAACUUGAUCAAAGAUAAAAAUUUGUAUAACGAGGCUCUGAAGUUAUAUCCACCAACCUCACAACAGUACAAGGAUAUCAGCAUUGCUUACGGAGAACACCUGAUGCGGGAACAGCAGUGUGAACCAGCGGGACUGGUGUUUGCUCGCUGCGGGGCCCAUGAGAAGGCCCUCUCAGCCUUCCUGACUUGCGGCAGCUGGCAGCAGGCCCUCUGCAUGGCCGGCCAGCUUAACAUGACCGAAGAUCAGCUGGCUGGCCUCAGCAGAACUCUGGCAGGAAAGCUAGUUGAGCAGAGGAAGCACAGUGAUGCAGCCCUUGUUCUGGAACAGUACGCCCAGGAUUAUGAAGAAGCGGUGCUCUUGCUGUUAGAAGGAGGCGCCUGGGAAGAAGCACUGAGGCUGGUAUACAAAUACAACAGGUUGGAUAUUAUAGAAACCAACAUAAAGCCUUCCAUUUUAGAAGCCCAGAAAAAUCACAUGGUAUUUCUGGACUCUCAGACGGCUAUGUUCAGCCGCCAUAAGGAACGUUUAUUGGUGGUCCGAGAGCUCAAGGCACAAGCACAGCAGACGAAUCUGGAUGAGGAGAUGCCCCAUGGUCAAGAGGGAGACUUCUUCUCUGAAACCAACAGUGUUGUGACCAGCAGUGAGAUGAGUGGCAAAUAUUCCCAUAGCAACUCAAGGAUAUCUGCGCGAUCAUCCAAGAACCGACGCAAAGCAGAGCGGAAGAAGCACAGCCUCAAAGAAGGGAGUCCGCUGGAGGAUGUGGCCCUGUUGGAGGCCCUGAGUGAAGUGGUCCAGAGCAUCGACAAGUUAAAAGAUGAAGUACACUGUAUUUUGAAGGUACUCUUUCUCUUCGAGUUUGAUGAGCAAGGAACGGAGUUACAAAAGACCUUUGAAAGCACUCUGCAGCUGGUGGAAAAAUCGCUUCCAGAAAUCUGGACUCUCCCCUGCCAGCAGAAUUCAGCUGCACCUAUUCUAGGUCCCAAUUCUACUGUAAAUAGCAUCAUGGCCUCUUAUCAACAACAGAAGACUUUUGUUCCUGUUCUCGAUGCUGAAUUUUUAACGCCACCACGGAUCAACAGAAAAACCCAGUGGAAACUAAGCCUGCUAGAGUGACUGUGAGGUUUGCCAGAGCCAGUGGGCCCUUGCACACCUGUAGUUCUAGCCCUUGCUGCGUGAGUGCUGGCUGUCCAGAAUGGGAUAAUGAUGCAUCGCUGAGGGUGCCUUGGGCAGCACACUUCAGCAGAUACCAACAAGUUCUGAUUUUCUUUUAUUUUGUGUAUAUCUUCAUUAUUAGCAAAACUGUGAGCUUUAACAGAGCAUAUUUUUUUUUAAAAAAUGCUGUCCUUCAGUGCAGUUUAAGAGCAUAUUUAUGGUAAUCAUGAGGUCGGGAUUUAUUAUCAACUUUAGGUCUGAUUCACAUUGAAACUUUGGACAAACCACAAAAUUAUUUUGUGCUUUAGUUUUUUUUAUCUAUUGAUUGGGAAUAAUGUUUUACGCUUCUACCUCAAGUAUGAAGAUAAGUAAAAUGUUUCUGAAUUGUUGCAUUACUGGAAGAAAACACUGUUUAUAAACAUCCUAUUAGCUACCAUUUAAAUAAUGUCUGCUUGCUUUAACUUAAAGCAGAGUAAGCAGCUGAAUGGAUGAGGUGAAGUUAGCCUUCCUCUGCUGACAGCUGUGUCUUGGACAUCUUACUCAGUCAUGUGUUUCUGGUUACAGUCAGACGGAGCCGCCCGUGCUUACUCUCUCCAUAGGGACAGUUUCGAUGCCUGAUUGCUUCCUGCUAGGGAACUGGCAGCAUUAGAGCCGGAACAGAUGAGGAGUUCCCAACCCUCGUCAUGCCUGUUUGGCCCAGCUGAACGGCAGGCAGUGUGUGGCAGAAACAGCAUGAAUUAGUGUUUGUUCUUCAAAUAUUGCUGCCUUUAAAAGAAAUGUUUCUGUCAGUGUCUAGGCCAUUUCAUUUAAUUUUCUUUAUGGUAGUUAGCCGACCUAUGUUUCAUUCAGUUUCUCAAAAAAUUUUCUCGUUAUUUUCUUGGGAAUAAAUUAAAACAUUUUCUCUUUAUGGUGA